AUGCGCAAUUUGGGUUCCCCAUUCACGUGGAAGGCUGCUGGGGCGGGUCGGAGCCAGACCUGCGACUCUCCUACGAGGCGCAUCAGUCUCCGGCACUUUCAGGGAUCCCCGCAGGCACACUUGCCCUCCCCCAAGCCCGGUUUGCGGCGGCGCCCGGGGUCCGAGCCCGCGGCGCCCCCGCCCCGCUCCCCUCGUCCAGCGCCGCAGCUGGGCCUCCGGGGCCGGCGGCCGCGUCCUCCGGCCGGGAGCAUUGUUUACCACCCGCAACAAAAGCGCCCCAAGCGGCUCGGGGCAGGGGGUCGCCGCGGGGAGUGGGCCCACCCUAGCGGACCCGGAGGACCCGCGGACGCCGAGCUCCGGCCCUCACCCAGCCCUAGCCGAGUACCGCCCCUCGCACCCCCUUCCGGCCUCGGUGUGAGGGUCCCUGCAACCCUGCCCUCUGCCCCAGCCCCAACUCACCACUGGCCGGCGCCGGCUCCGAGGGCAGCGCGCGUGCCCCAGGCUCCAAGCCCGCACCAGCCCUCGGGUAAACUUUCCAACUCGCGCUGGUCCCCACAACUUGAGAGCCCAGAGUCUCGGCGGGCACGAGGGGCGCGAGCGGGCCCAGGGCGGACACCUACCGGCUGCCUGGCAGGGUCAGGGCCCGAGACCCUGGGGUGGGCGGCAGCUUCCCAAAGGUCCACAGAGGAGAAGCAGGUAGAGUUGCAUGACUGGGGCGGGGCAGGGGGUUGUCCCAGGGGGCAGACCCGGGAGCCGAGGGGCCGGCGGCUGCGCGCACAAAGCAGUGCGGGAGCGGAUUGCGCUGCCACUCCCCGCCAGGUCAGCCCCCCGGAGCAGUAG